AUUCACCAUCCAUUUCCUUCAAUUUAUUCGUGUUGCACGUGGUACUCGCUCAUCCUUGUGCUAAAGAGAACACGCCAUUCCGGCAGGUGGAGCGGCAUCGGAAGCGAGGGCGAGACUUUCCGCCUCGGAGCCCCUCCGGAUCCGCGACGACCCUGGCCCUGCAGGCCCUGCCUCCUCCAUUCGAACGUCAUCCCCGAUCUGGACUUCGGUCCAGCCUUAGCCACUAUCGCAUUACAGAUACAUUCGACCAUUCCGUCACCAACCUCAAGUCUUCUUUUGUGCGCCGACUGCUCCUCGCAUUCAUCAUUCCCGCGCAACUCGCACCACCUCACAACCGGAAGUUGCGCCCGCGCGCACUCCACUCGCCCGCCCGCGCAGCAUGGGCCGCCAUGUCUUCUACACCAAAAUCACGCCCCUCCCCGCGAACAUCCCGCGCCUCCUCGCCCUCGACCUCCUGCAUAGCCACGACGAGUUCAUCCGCCUGAACCCGCUCGUCAUCAACGUGCGCCCCAUCGAUGCGCCCCGCAACGCCGAGGGCGACGAGUACUUCUCCAACUGGUACGAGAUUACGGAGAUUAUGAAGGUGACGGGUGUCAAGGUGCGGUAUGACUUCAAGGGCUGCUUUCACAACCAGAGCUGGGGCAUGCAGAGCCAUGUGUUUGCGCCGCUGGGGAUCGAGUUUAGGAACAAGUAUCGCAUUGGUGGCAAUCAGCCCGGCGAGCCGAAGGAGGACCGCGAGCUGGGUGUGGAUACACCAGUGGAAGGGCUGUAUUUGAGGGAGGACAUCAGCUUCACCUGCAAUACGCUCAUGGCGAGUUUCGUGCGCAAGGAAAUGCAGGAGGCGAGUCGGGUGAUGAUUGAUCGCAUGAGGCGCAAGGCGGAGCUGCUGGAUGAGGGGAAGCUGCUCGCCAUGUUUCAGAAUGGAGAGUUGAAGACUUCGAAGCCGGGUCAAGGGGCGGCUGCGACGCCGCUGCCCCCUCCAGAACCAAUCUCGGAUGGCGAGUACUCUUCGAGUCUGAGUUCGAGGAACAGCUACGCGACCAUGAAUCAGCAGCCGCCACCUGAUCAGCAGAGGCGACUGUCUGACAAGCAGGGCCAGGGCCAUUAUGGCGUGACGCCUAUUGAGUUGCCUGGAGAGUACUACCACCCGCAACAGCAGUCCGGCCAAGCCAAUCCGCAACAGCAACCUCUCGCCUUUCGCUACGAACUCCCCGGUGAUAACUCCCUUUAUCCUCCCGAUCUGAAACCCCGUCCGCCACCCAAUGCAACACAUCCCGCCUACCAGACUCGCUCCUCGCCGCUCUCCAGCCCUCGUCUAUCCAGCGCCGGCAGCGCCAGUACGAACCCCUCUGCUCGAAGCUCCUACCAGGCCUACAAUCCCGAGCAGGCGCAACAGCAGCAACAGCAGCAACAAUCACAGCAACAACCACAGCAGCAGCAAAACCCAACUGGCACCCCUCGCGUCACCUCCCACCAAAGCAUCCCCGAGGAGCCUGGCGCAGCAGCACCAUCCUCCCCCUCCUCCGGACAACACCCUCAAAUACAAAGGAACGCCUCCUCAGGGGACGAAAACUACUACCACAACUACAGCCGCUUACGGCCUCCGCAGCCCGCCGCGCCGCCGGAACCAGAUCACCAACGCCUGUCCACUCUGUCCAUCAGCAAUCCCAGCAUGGGCCGGUCGACGUCGAAUUCUUCUUCUUACUACGGCGACGAGGCGGGCACCAUGUCGACGCAGCAGUCGUCGGGGCAGCAGAGCGUGGUGGCGACUUGUCCUGUUUGCAAGACGUUUCAGGGCGACGAGCCGGCUGUGGGGCAUCAUGUUGAGGUUACGCAUGGGUUGACUUAGGGAUGUUUCUUGCUUUUUGACUGCUUCUUCGAUUCUCGCUUGUUUUACUAGGCUCUUUACCAAGCAGUGGAGCGAGGGGCUGCUCUACUUGCUGCACUGACAUGUGGCUGAUGGGGGUUGUGGAGUUAUUAGGGCUAGGUCCCGGGAUAAUGCUGGAUCUUUCAAGACAGAUUUGGGGAUGAUUGCGCGGAGAGAGAUUUAGGUCACGGUUCUUAGCUGGAGAUACCCAUUUCUUCGACGUGUUGCUUCCUUUCGUCAAGACGGCCGGAGAAGGCGUGGUCCAAGAUGUAGAUUAAGUCCGGAGUUGUGUGCUUGUAGCACCGUAUCGAGGCGUGCCCUGGGCAGCUUGGCGGGCGGCGAGAUGGUUAGGCCGGCGGGCAGCUGCCUUUAACGCCGGUAAGGCCGCAUUGGGAUAGGUAAAGUACCGUAGGUGGGACGGUAUGAGCUCACC